AUCCAAUGGUUACAGCAAAAUCUUGAAGCGAGCUUUGUUUUGUAUCCGAUCUGGUUUUAGCCAUUCUUUACGCUGUUUUUCAAUUGUGAUUGUUUUAUUUUGCAAAUGUUUCUCAUCAAUUUUUAAUCUACAAUUUGACUGUUGGUAUAUUUUCAUUAUAUAUUUGUAUAUUUGACUUGAGUAUUGUUCAUCAUGGUUCAGAUUGCAGGUGCUCAGGUUGUUCCUUCGCUUGAUGAUUUGAUUAAACAGGGUAUUGAAGAGUUUGAGAAAAUUUUCCAGGCUGAAGCUACGGUUGUUGGAUUCUCUCCUGGUCGAGUUAAUCUGAUUGGUGAUCAUGUUGAUUACAAUGAUGGACUUGUUCUUCCUAUGGCGAUACCAGUUUACACUGUUGUCAUUGGAGCUCCAAACUCAUUUCAAAUAUGUCGGAUUGAGUCACUUUCAAACAAAUUGGAAAGUCCAAAACGAGUUGAAUUAAAGUUUGACAGCUUGACAAUCGGACCCCCGUCUUGGUCUAAUUACGUCAAAGGAGUUAUCUCUACUUUUCCAGGAAUCAAAAAGCCUUUUGAUGCUCUCAUUUUGAGUUCCAUACCUAUUGGCGCCGGACUUUCAAGUUCAGCAGCUCUUGAAGUUGCCUUCUUCAAUUUCCUACAAGGCCUGAGUGGAAGUGAUCUUGGAAUAAGUAAACAAGAAAUAGCUUUGCUUUGUCAGAAUGCUGAACAUACUUUUGCUGGUGUACCUUGUGGAAUCAUGGAUCAAUUCGUGGUUGUUAUGGGAAAAAAAGAUCACGCUUUACUCAUUGACUGCCGGUCUUUAUCAACUGAAUUGGUUCCUUUGGUUUCAGAUGAUAUAGUCAUUUUAGUUGCCAACUCAAAUAUUCGCCACGAGCUAGCUGGAAGUGAAUAUUCAUCCAGACGAAAAAAUUGUGAACAAGUAGCUCAGAUGUUGGGUAAAAGUAGUUUACGAGAUGUUUCAAUGAAAGAAUUAGAGACGAGUCAAACAGUUUUACCCUUAGAACAAUAUCAAUAUUCUAGGCAUGUAAUAACCGAGAUUGAAAGAGCUUUGAGUGCUUCAGAAGCUCUUAAAAAAAGUGAUUACGUUAUCUUUGGAGCUUUAAUGACCCAGAGUCACUGCUCUUUAAGAGAUGAUUAUAAAGUUUCUGUUCCUGAAAUAGAUGAGCUUUGUGAAAUUGCUCUUGAAUCUGAGGGAGUUUAUGGGUCAAGGAUAACUGGUGGAGGUUUUGGUGGUUGCACCGUAACCCUAGUUAGUGCCAAUAAGGUUGAAUCGACAAUCAAUAACAUGAUGACAAAAUCUAGGAUUUCAGUAGAUUUUUAUGUUUUCAAACCAGCUGAAGGUGCUAGUUACAAGAACCUUCCCUCGAAAAAGUCUUUCUAACUUUUUCAUUGACUUGAAUGAAAAAAAGGAUGUGAUUUAUUUUUGUAAUGCAUUUUUUAUAACAAUGCUAUAUGGUAGUACUGAUUUAAAGGAUAAGGAAAAGAGAAGAUUAAGUUAAGGAAGCUGCGAAUUUUAAUGUAUGACUUACCCGACAAGUUGAACAUGAUUGCUAAUUUUAUCUAGAUUGAAAAGGGGUUCAAAAAAACUAAGUUGUUUUGAUCACCCAGUUCAACCAAAUGCUUUUCAAGAUUUUGUUAAAUCUUACCACAAGAAAUUUGUUCACAACCUUUAAUAAACAGAUUUUUUAAAUGAAA